GAACAUCUCAAACAGUCAAACAUCCCACUGAGUGAGGAGAGAGUGAAAGGAAAUGGUAUUUCUGUUCAGGCAACGGCCGAGUUCUGAUCAGCAGAAAGCUUGCAUUGAAAAGUCAGGAGGGAAAUUCAACUAUGACUCUAAAUAUAGAGGAGCUUCUGCAAAAUCAUUGUCAUCUCUUCGAAAUGAUAUAGAGCUUUCAAACGAGGGUUUCUUCCUCAACCACUCUCGUACUUUAGUUGGUUCUGGUCUCAACACCUAUGAAAGGGGCAAAAAUGCUCUCCUAACAUGGAGACAUUUUGCAUUGAAUUGGGCAACUGUUGAUCCUAGUACACCAAUUGAGAUAGGGUCAAAAUUCUGUGUUUGUGCCAAAGAAAUUCUCCCAUGGAUAGCAAUGCCGCUACAAGUGGCUUAUGUUACCGAUAUCAAGAAUCCUAACAAGGAGAAGCUCAAGGCAUCUUUUGGGUUCGGGAGUGGAACCCUUCAAGGUCACUUGUUGUCAGGGGAAGAACGAUUCUCGAUCGAAAUGGAUGAGAACAACCAAGUGUGGUAUGAAAUCCUUUCUUUUUCAAAACCUGCUCACUUUCUGUCAUUUAUAACGUACCCUUAUGUGCAGCUGAGACAAAAAGUAUUUGCUCAUCAGUCUGCCAAUGCAGUCGUGAAUUAUGUAAAUCAACAACCUAAAAUGUAACUUGUGUUGAGGAAAUCUUGUUGACAUGUAGAUGUUUUCUUUUGGGGGGCAGAGAAUAUAAUGUAAACUCAAAUUUGAUAGGUGCAUAAUUUUUACUUCUUAGAAUGGCACUUCAUUUACUGCUGUAUUUGUUUUGC